GCCCACAUGGCCUCAGGUGGCAAUGGCCUUGUAAAUUCAUCAAGGAAUCAAAAGCUUGGCUUUAACUUGGACGAGGAGUCCCCAUUAGAGCAUUAAUUUCAUCCAAUUUAUUUCCAGAUUUGUUCCGAGAAAAGACCGCCAAGAUCUCUGUCACAAUCACAGGCUGACAGUUCUUACAAAUAAACUCCGAUCGAGCCACUUCUGAAAUUCAGAUAUUUUGUGAGGUAUCAGGAUGAAAGCACUCAUUCUUGUUGGUGGAUUUGGAACACGAUUGAGACCGUUGACUCUUAGCGUCCCAAAGCCUUUGGUGGAUUUUGCUAACAAACCCAUGAUACUGCAUCAGAUUGAAGCUCUCAAAGCUAUUGGAGUUACUGAAGUUGUUCUGGCCAUCAAUUACCAACCAGAGGUUAUGUUAAAUUUCCUAAAAGAAUUUGAGAAAAAGCUUGGCAUUAAAAUCACCUGCUCACAGGAGACUGAACCACUUGGCACAGCUGGUCCUAUUGCUCUGGCUAGAGACAAGUUGAUCGAUGGCUCUGGUGAGCCAUUCUUUGUCCUCAAUAGUGAUGUUAUAAGUGAAUAUCCACUAAAAGAAAUGGUAAAUUUUCACAAGGGUCAUGGAGGAGAAGCUUCCAUUAUGGUGACAAAGGUGGAUGAGCCAUCGAAAUAUGGUGUUGUAGUUAUGGAAGAAACUACAGGCAAAGUUAAAAAGUUUGUCGAGAAACCACAGAUAUUUGUUGGUAACAAAAUCAAUGCUGGGAUUUACUUGUUGAACCCAUCUGUUCUUAACCGAAUUGAACUGAGACCCACCUCAAUUGAGAAAGAAGUGUUCCCAAAGAUUGCAACAGAGAAUAAGCUUUAUGCAAUGGUGCUGCCUGGGUUCUGGAUGGACAUUGGACAACCAAAGGAUUACAUUACUGGCCUGAGAAUGUACUUAGAGUCGUUGCGUAAAAAGUCCUCUGCCAAGUUGUCAACUGGAUCUCAUUUUGUUGGGAAUGUUUUGGUAGAUGAGAGUGCUGUAAUUGGCGAUGGCUGCCUCAUUGGACCUGAUGUAGCCAUUGGUCCAGGAUGUAUAAUUGAGUCCGGGGUAAGGUUGUCACGCUGUACUAUAAUGCGUGGAGUUCGUAUCAAGAAGCAUACUUGCGUCUCCAAUAGCAUUAUUGGCUGGCAUUCCACUGUUGGAAAGUGGGCACGGUUGGAAAACAUGACGAUCUUAGGAGAAGAUGUUCAUCUUGGAGAUGAAGUUUAUAGCAAUGGAGGUGUUGUCCUGCCUCACAAGGAGAUAAAGUCUAGUAUUUUGAAGCCAGAAAUUGUCAUGUGAUCACAAGGUUGAGCUUGGAAUCAACAUUUUGAGAGUUCGAUAUUGCAAUUUGGUUGUCUGCAUUACCCGUUUUGUUUCCCUUCUUUUCUUGUUAUUCUUAGGCAAAUUCCAGUUAGAAUAAGUUCGAGGGCUGAGUGUCAGUCGGCUUGUAGUUGAAGGAUAGCUGCUGGCCUUUGGUUAACGGUGAACAUCAUGUUUGGUGGAUGACCGGAUGCAGAGACAACCUUAUGCACUUGUGAGGGAGCAAUCUCAUUUCUCAUUUUGGAAUGUCAUUAACCAAAAACAAAGAGAAAAAAUAGAGGAAGAAAUACAGACAACAAAUUUAUGACGUUGUAUACACUUAGUUUAAACGUUGAAUAAGUAUCGAGUUGAUUGCAUUUAGAAUC